UGGCCCAUAUUAGCUGCAGCUAAAAGAGGACUAGGGGGAAGCGCUCUUCUCCGUGCUCAAGCAUGCCGGACAGGACGGCCGUCGGCAACAUGGCCAUCGGGUACAACAACGUCAACAUGGAUGCUCCCAACAGGAACGACAUCUUCAUCACACAUGCACGAUACAGUACAACAUCAUCACCAAGUAUUGCAAAGAUGGAAGGGUUCAUCUUGCCAGCCAAGCCAAGGUUGGUGGCUAUCCGUGUUUUGUGCUCACACGAUUUUGGAAUGCUAUGUGUGUCCACGUCCAUCUAGCCACUCUUCUCCACGACCAAGCACGGCCCCGUCCCGUCUCCUCUCCGGUCGCAUCUGUGAGGCGGCGGGCGCAUCCACCAGAUCCGUCGGCCGUGGCUUGGAGCUGGCCGCGGCCAAGGAAUGGCUCUCGUUGCUCGCGCAAAUGACGGCAGCCGUGGUCGAUGAGGAGGCCCAAGACCUCCAUGCUCGUCACCCAGAUCCGGACAGGAGGAGGAGCUUGCUGCACAUACACACCCUACAGGCGCCCUGCAAUUCCAUGGACGGCAUCGAUGGCCGAGACAUGCGCCCAAGCUGACGAGGACAUUGCCGGGUCCAACCUCAACCUCCACUAUGAGGUUGUCCACCACGACUCCCAGCAGGAGGUCGAUCCCUCUUGACUAUGAUGUUUUUUUCUUCAAGUUAUCACGCCUCUGAUGUACCUUAUAGUUUCUAAGCUAAACAUGAUGCAGAAAAUGUUCUUCGGACAAAACUAGAUGCAGCUAAUUACCACCUUUGGCAAAACCAGUGUCACCUUUCAGUUCACAUACUAAUUUUUCUUCCCGGUGAGUUGAGUCCCUACUUUAGUGGUACCAAGUAGCACUAAAUGAUCGAUGAUGGAUAGAGGUACAUUCCACUCACUUGCCAUCGCAAUCAUAUAUGCAUAGUAGUAUCUCUGUGUUGAACCUGUUGUAUUGGUCGCACCAGGGCUAGUUAGUUAGUUAGUUUUUCUGUAGAUGCAACUAUGAGUUUAUUUGCAUCAGCCACCCUUUUACUAUUGUUUGUCUGCUGCUGCUAGCUCUAGCUUAGUGUUGUUUGUCCGCUGAAUGUACUGGCCCAGGGAACGAAUUUGACAAUAAAAUUGUUGCUUGCUCUGUUUGUCAACCCUUCCUUUUAUUUUCUGUUCGAUUUGGACACUGUAAUUUGUAAAAAUGGUAGCCUUUGAGUGUUUUGAUGCUUGGCUGCUUGCUAUAUAGAGAUUUGAAUUCAGCGGUGCUCUCCUUCAUUAUAUGUUUUAGCGAUGGAAUGUUUCUUGUUACGGAUCUCUAGGUCGAACUGACUUUGCGUCAGAAGCACAUGUCUUACUAGUCUAGUUUUGCUACUGUUUGGGCUUAAUUAGCUCUUGCCUGCUGUUUAAGCUUUAGUGGCUGGUGCUAAAUACAAUACUGUUCAUUUGAUAAUC